AUGAAGAAUCACCCCAGCCGGGUUCUUGUACCACUGGAGCAACCGAAAACCUUUGUUGGCAACAAGGAUACCGGCUCAGCCGCGACUACUUCCUUUCCAUCUUCCCCGAAGAGGAGACCUCGCGCUCGAAAGAUAGCCAAAUACGAGCUUCCACUACCCUGUUCCAUCUUGUCAAGUAUUUGUUUUCCAUCAUUGAAAACUAAAAUUGAAGUUCAAAAUUGUGCUGUGAUACCGCCUAAAAGUGCGACUCCGGUCUAUGAGGACAAGGCAAAGGCCGAGUUUGAGGACAGCCCCAAUUUCACCGGCCAAAAAAUCAUCGCAACCAUUUUGCUGCCGUCCGGCGGCCUGAAGCAGGUCGAUCUGCGGACAUUGCUAAAUGGGCCCCACGCCAAUGCGACCGAAUCCAGGUUCCCGAUGAAGAAUCCCGGAAAUUCAGUUCGGAUCGUCGGCUGCUGUGACGGGCUCGUUUGCCUCGCCGUCGACGGUAAGCAGUUCUCCCUCUGGAACCCUUGCACCGGAAAUUACAAAAAACUACCCGAGGUGGAUGAUGAUAACAUGAACUUUUUGUUUAUUUCCAAGUAUGGGUUUGGAUUUGACUAUGGUAGUUGCGAUUACAAGGUAUUGGGGAUUAUGACUGGGUUCUCUGGCCCGAAUAGAUAUCAAAUUAUGGCCAAAGUUUACAGCUUGAAAGCCGAUUCUUGGAAAAAAGUCGAGAUCUUUAAUGACGGGCUCCCGACCGAUGAUGCUGCAAAAUUUGUCGGUGGGAAGCUGCAUUGGGGGAAGAAAGUUGGGCUCAAUUGGGAAAUUGUUUCAUUCGAUUUAGCAACCGAGACUUUGGGGAAAGUUGAGCCGCCGUUGGGUUUCGAGGGCUUCUUUUCCGCAUCGUUGGGGAUUCUUGGCGGGUGCCUUUGCGUGCUUCGUGAUUUUCGCGAAAGGAAUUUGGAUGUUUGGGUUUUGCAGCAUUAUGGGGUUGGAGAUUCUUGGGUUAAAAUGGCGAGUAUUCAUUAUGAUAUUAUCCGUUGUGUUCUUAGGAAAGGUCCAUAUCCGGAGCCCUUGUGGAUGGGGCCCACGGGCGAGGUCUUGUUGGUUUGUGGUUCGAGUUUUGUGAUUUGGGAUCCAAGCGGAGGUAGACUUAGGUGUCCGGAGACAAUGAAAUUCGGUGCUUUUGUUGAGGCGGAUGUUUAUACGGAGAGUUUAGUCUCGUUCGGUCAUUAG